AGCUGCUAAAAUUAUAAGGAGAACGCUGGCACAGGAGCUCAAUACCAUGGCCAACACUACCAGGGUCGCCGUGCUUUUCUGCACUCUUGUUCUUCUGCAGGUGUCGUGCGCCGUUUCCCGGUACGUCGACGUCCCGGCGGUCAUGACGGUGAACGGCUUCCAGGAAGGCGAGGGGGGCGGCGGCCCGGCGGCGUGCGACGGCCAGUACCACAGCGACGAAGAGUUCAUUGUGUCCCUGUCCUCUAAGUGGUUCCACGGUGGCGUACGGUGCGGCAAGCUGAUCCGUAUCACGGACUCCUCGAGCAACCUUCACAUGAGUGCCAUCGUCGUCGACGAGUGCCGCGACUGCGACAACGAGGUGGGCGCGUCGCCCGUCAUCUGGCGUAACUUCCACCUUGACCCCAGCCUCGGCGAGGUGAAAAUAACCUGGUCGGACUUCAGCUGAAGCAUGCUUGUUGUCAUGGUGACAGUCUGAAUGAUCAGAUUGUUGACUGAUUAUAAAUCCAGCCAUUUGCUUUCGACUUCCAAGUCUUUAAUUUGUGU